AUGCCCGGAGCAGCGCACCCGCAGCUCUCCCUCGGCGCGGGGCUGUCCCUCCUGUGUCUCGGCGUCCUCCCGGGUUGUGCCAUGUGCUGGUGGCAGCGCCGGCGCCCGGGCCGCCCCCAGGGCCGGCAGCGAGUGGAGCUGGGGGCGGCUCUGCCCGCGGCCACGGGGCCGGUGCCCAUCCAGCAGCGGGGCGAGGAGCUGACGGGAGAGGCGCCGGGGGCCCGGGCCAAGGAGAUUUCCCCGGCACCGCCGCCACCACCCGGGGGCUCCGCAUACGGCAGAGCAUCCCUGCCCAGCCUCCCCUUCCUCCCGCAGCUGGCGGGGCUGUGGCAGCUCCGCUGCACCGCGGCCGGCACCAAACUCCUCUGCAGCGAGCGGAGUCCGCUGGUCCCCGCCGGCCCGGGCUCCGCGCCACUCUCCGGGCAGCGUCCCCGGCUCCACUGCGAGCUGCGCUACUCCCUGCCCGAGGCCACCCCCACCGUCACCAUCCUCGGCGUGUCGCAGCUGCCCCGGGGCCAGCAGGGCUCCCGCGUCAAGGUGUCCCCGGUGCCGCCGUCCCGCCGCGGCUCCGUGCGCCGCAGGAGCCUCCGACGGCAGCCGCGCCGGCGCCGCUUCGGCCCGCAGGAGCUGGGCAGCUGCACCCUGCGCUUUGCUAUGUACGCCAGGUCACGGAGCCUCCAGGAGUCCUUCGUGGGCGAGGGCCUGUUCCCCUGCGCCGAAGCCUCCUGGGACCCCCGCGCCCCCUCCAGCUACUCCUGGGAGCUGGCGAGCGCCAAAACCAAGCUCAGCGCGGCAGCGGUUUCGCCCCCAGCCAGGUGCAUCAAGGUGCUGCUGCGCAAGGCCCAGGCCCCGGGCCGGCUCUCCCGCAUGCCGGGCACCCCAGGCCACUAUGUCAUCGUCCACCUGCACCACGAGGGGCACGUCAUCGACACCAAGGAGACCAAGUCUGUCAGCGGCUGCAGCCCCGUGUGGAACGCACCCUUCCUCUUCACCCUCCCCGCCGGGGACAUCCAGCAGCAGCAGCAGCUGGCCUUGGAGUCCCUUGUCAUGCAGGCUCGGCUCCAUGGCCGUGGCUCGGGGCUGGGCUGUGUCCAGGUGGGGCCAGGGGUGCCACACUGGAGGGACAUGCGCAGCCGGGCACCGCUGGAGUCGGAGCGCUGGCACCGCAUCCAGCCCAGACCCUGA